GGUGACCCCUGUAAUUUUAAAUGUAUCAGGUAAAAGAGCGAGAACGGGCGGAUGCCGAAGAAGAAGCUCGCCAUAUGGAGCAGCUAGAGGAGGUUAAACGGCGGAGUGAGGCGGAAGCGAAAGAAGCUGAGGAAGCAAGGCGGGUUGUGGAGCAGGCGGCUGCUCAGGAGGUUCUACCUGAUGAACCAGCAGAGGAUAAUCCUAAUCCACAAGCAAAUAUCAGAUUCCGGACUCCAACAGAAACGUUGAACCGACGAUUCUUGGCAAACCAAACUUUGAACACUCUUCUUCUAUACUUGGCCAGUAAAGGAUACAGACCUGCUGAUUACAAGAUUUUAUCCUCUUGGCCUCGUCGAGAUAUCAGUGUAUUGAGUUCGGAAUCUAGUCUCCAGGAGUUAAAACUUUGUCCCCAGGAAACCCUGACUUUGGAGGCCCGACAUGCACAAGAUUCAGACUCAGAUUAAUUAAUUAAUGAUUUAAUUAUUUUAAUUAAUUAUUGUUUAUUAUUGUACCAACACAUCCAUAAUCAAUAAACGAAUUGAAACCAA